CCCCUCUUGCACAUGGUACAGGCCUCUCCUACAGUCCUGUAAACCCCCUGUCCUCCAGUAGUCUUCUCUGCUGGCCAAUUAAUUGAGCUGAAAUGCAAAUACCAACCCAGAAAGAGAAGUGCAUCAGAACAGGAGCUCUGCAGAGAGGGACUUUGGGUCAAAAGGCAAGUUUUAGGGAAAGAAGAAGAAAGGAAAAGAGGAAGAAAGAGACGUUUACUUGAGCACCUUUUAAAUUCUAGCACUAGAGGUGUUCAUAUACACUGUGACAUCUAAUCCUAUGAAUAGCCCUUAAGGUGGUGUCCCCAUCUCAUUGGUCGGGACUACCCAGGUAGGCACUCCAUAGCUAUUGGGGUCUUUAGCUACACCGAGGUCUUCUGACUGCACAACUCCUGCUCACUCCCUGUAACAUGAGGCCUCACUGGUCCCACCCCUGCCAGUCUGCCCUUCCUCUCCUGUUCCUGCUCUCUGCAAAUGCCACCAUCAUCCAUUGGUGACCCAGACCAAGAACAUGGGAGUCAUCCUGGAUCUUUCACUCUCUCUCAUUCCUGACAUCCAAUCUUUUGCUCUAAAGUAUGGCUUCUACCGACCAAGGCUCACUCCUAUUCAUGCCCUGCCUCUGAUCUCAUAGGCAGCACUCUACGUUAGACCAUCAUUAUCCCCCACCUAGAAUAUUUCAGGCUUCCAAGCUCAGCUUCUUCAGCCCCUAUCAAAAUGUUUCUCUAAACCGUCUUGUGAUUGCGCUCCUCCCUUGAUGAUCCCUCUAAUAGCUUGGCAGUUCCUUCAGUGCAAAGUCCAGAUGCUGUGGAGGACCUCCUCCUUGGACCCAGGACUACUCUUCAGCCCCCUCUCCAGGCUCCCCAUGUCCACUUAGCCACAGUUAACUGCUAAAACCCUGCCAGCGAGUGCCUUUCUCUCAUGCCCCUCAGUACUUUGCACCUGCUGGUCCUUCCUUCUGCAAUACUUAUUCACUUUUCCACUCCCACUGCCGCAGAGAGAGAGCACCGGUUCUCCGUGCCCCCACUGCACCCAGAGAAUGUUUCCCACCAAUUGGAAUUAAGUUUCCCAGCUCCUGGGCAGAAGAUGGAGCUCCCACUUGCUUUCUAAGUCAAACGGUCUCCUCCUCUUCCCUUCUCUCUGGUGGUUUCUCCCCAUUGUCUUUGGAAGGCUCCUCUCCACCUUGGUGUUGCCUAGAGUUCAAUCUUGGGCUCUCUUCCCCUCUCUUUACCUUUGGACAAUCUCAUGACCUCAGUUCUACUGAUUCCUGAAUCUAUCUCUGGCUAUAUCUCUCUCUCUAGCUCCACACUCAAAUGUCAAACUGGCUAAUGUUUGUUUUACAUCCUCUACAUGGGUGCACAUAGGCAUCUGUCCAUCUGCAUGUGCAUGUGUGCACGCACACACACAGACACACACAGCUUUAUUGAGAUAUGUCACAUGCUAUACAAUUCACUUAUCUAAAAUAGACAACUAAAUGGUUGUCCUUAUAUUCAGGGAUGUACAACCAUCACCACAAUCAAGUUUAGAACAUUGUCAUCACCCCAAAAAGAAACCCCAUGCCCAUUAGCAGUCAUUCCCCACCCACACCCUCCAGCCACAAGUAACCACUAAUCUACCUUAUGUCUCUGUUAGAUUUGCCUAUUCUGAACAUUUCAUAUAAAUAUAAAUGUGCCGCACAUGGUCUCUGUGAAUGAAUGACUGACUUUUUAUAAACUAGUAAUGGGAAUAUUAUCCUGACUCCUCCCCUUUCUCAUCUAGCAUAUCCAAGAAUCUACUCUCAUAUCUCUUGAAUUUCUGUUCUUCUCCACAUCCUCAGCCCACAGCCUCCUCAGGCCAGCAUUUCUAGUUGAGAUUUCUGCAUCCUUCCUCUUACUGUUCUCUUGUUUUGCUCCCCUUCUCAUUCAUGCAUCUUUCACAUGGUAGCUAGAGUUGUGUUCUUGAAAUUAGCAUCUUAUCAUGCCACCCCUCUGAUGGAAAACCUUGUAAUCACUUCCUAGUGUCCUGUGAUAGAGGGGCUGGGCAAUAUCAGGGCCUUGCUUACCUUUCCUUUACCUUCCUGUACCUUCUUAUACUCAUUCACCCCUCCUUACUCUCCACUACAGCCAUUCCCUCCUGUUAGCCUGUACCUGUUCUUCACGUUGUCCAUAGGCAUUUGUCCCUGAACAUGCUCUGUCCUCAGACUAAAACCCACUUCUUUUUCUAUUCUCACUUUCUGGGGACAAAACGUCCCCAGCCUACAUGUCUUUUUCUUCAGGAAGCCUUCCUAAUACUCCCAAAUCCCAAAGGAGCUUUUCCUGUGUCCUUCCUAAGUGGCCCAUACUUCCCUGUCACCAUGCUGUAUCCCACCAAAGAGUGACUGAUGUGGUUUCCAUGAGGUCAAGGAGUUUGCCCUUACAUUUAGCCUGCCACAUAGUAUGCAUGCAAUAAGUAUUCGUGGCACAAAUGAAUGCAAUGAAAUUUGAGUAAAAUACAAUUAGAAGUAAAUUAAGGAAGUGAAAAUUCCAGAUAGCUGCAUUGGGCUGUUACUUGAUAAAAAUCUUGAUUACAGAUUUUUUUCUACACUGCCCUCCCCCAGAAGGAAGUAGAUAGCCUGACAUUUGCUUAUGUAGUUAAAUAGAGAGAAGAGCAGAGAACAAGAUUAGAAAUUACUAGACAUUCCCUAUUAACCCUGAAUAUAAGUGGUAAAUGAUGCUCAGUGACCUUUAUUAACUACAUCUCAAAUGACAAUUGACCAUGAGGGCUUCAACAACAGACGCCAUCCUCGAUAUGAGAAUUUAUAAGAGCUGAGAUAAGGUGAAAUGUCCAUUGCUAACAACCACCCUUUCAGUGAGAAUCAUGCAACAGAUUCUGAGCCUCACAAAUGAGUCCCUGCCCUCAAGAAGUUUACUUCACUUUUGUACUAUUCUUUUUUUAAAUGAAUAUAAAGGGUUUGAUAGAUCUCAAAUUACUAGUGACUGGAAUUCUGUUUAUAGCCAUAAGUCUUGAAAUCUGUGGCUUCAGUGAAAAAUAAAACAUGAAAAACCAGGAGAUCAGUAUAAAUGACAGCACACCAUGCGUUCCUAUUUAUCUGGCCCUUAUCCAAAUUUGGGUCAUUACACAUAGUGGGAUCUGUAGCUGUGAUAGGGCCCAUGCCCUUGAACCAUCAAAACACUGUCUAUAAUUUUAGCUGGGCUGUAGUUGCGUGGAAAUGGGCACCAGUGGGCAGAGUGGGCUAUGGCCAGGCAAGAACACAGAAAGGGUGGCGGCGGGCAAGGGGAACGUGGAUGGGGUGGUGCCCACUCCUCCUGCUGCCGCAGCCUCCUGCCAGUACAGGAGCACUGAAUGCAACCAAGAGGUCAAGGAGUAGUGCCGAGACCAUAACCACGGAGUGCUGAAGAUAGCCAUCUGCGAAUCCUACCAGACACCUGUAGGCAAAUACAUUGAGUAUGAUCCUGUUAUCAUCUUGACUAAUGCCAUUUUAUGCAAAGCCCAGACCUACAGAUGAAUUCUUUUCAGGACUAAAAUAAACACACCUGGAAAACUCUGCAUGUUUUGUUUGCUUUGUGAAGUGUACCUGAGGUGGUGGCCGCUUCAGGAUUCAGACCAGAACACUGAUCCUGACGACUUCAUCGUGGAGCGGGAUUUCCAUAGAAUGUUUGCAAUUGUUUCACUAGAACAAAUUGCCUUUUUUAUUGGCAUUUUUACUUUCCUGUGGGUACAACGACCAACUGAUGCCAGUGAAAAAACAAAUAACCCCAACUUCAUUUUCGUGUUGCUGCUGAAAGCACGAUUAUCAUCUAGCAAUGGAAAACUCUUGCUGAUUGCAGCCGUCACUUGGGAACAUGACCACACACUCCUGUGCCUCAGACUCAUUAAAAUAUUUGUCCUAAUAUUAAAUUUUCAGGCAGUUAGACUGACCCUGAAUAUCAAAUGAAAGCUCCCCUUGGCCAUCCUGAGCGGCUUACUGGUGGAAAGCACCAUGGGUGUGUAGGAAGUGAUUGUGCCAUCCAUAAAUCUCCAGACUUGAAGACUUGUACUCUUUAUUAUCUGCCGCAUGACCCACUGCAUCCAAAAUAGAGAAGACCUAAAAUCCAAACCAGGCUCCUCAUUUCUGUUGAACAAAAUGAAGCAAAGAUUUGGGUACACUUCCUGAAAAAGAAAGCAAUGGUUAUGGCAUUGAAAACCCCUAAAACUGCUACACCUCACCCAACCCCCCCCCCAACCAUGUAAGAAACAGCCAAACCACAUACAGAUACACAAGGACACAGGGAAUGUUGCUGUAGGGAAUGAGGUAUGCAACAAGUGAAGAUUUAUAUUUAUACACAACUUCAGGUAAGCAUUUGAAUUGAAGAAGGAACAUGAAUUCAUAACGUGCACAUGAAAAGAUCUAUGUUUCAAAAAAAAAACCCACUUUCUGUAAUUUCAAAUGGCGUUCAUGAAACUCUUUCUAAAAUUAUUUCUAUUUCAGAAACCUAGAAAUUUAGAAAUAGAAAUAAAUUUCUAUUAUACUACACAUGUUAAACCUUUUCUUGAUGACCCAAGGCCAAUGUACGGAGCAAAAACGUUUGGAUUUAUUUAGAUUUAUGAGGUAGCACCCCAUCUCUCUGCAUUCUCCUGGCCCUGCUUCAUUUUCUGCCUUAAAUCAACACCAGCACUCUUCUGCCAGUUGAUGCUCUUAAUCUCUUACAUCUACCAGAUGUUGCUAUCCUGUGUCCAAAAUCAGGAUGAGCUGAGCCUAGCGUGCCCGGAGGACCUGGGCGGAGCACACACGCCCUGCUGUUUCCGCCCACGGUGCCUGCUCCAGCGCGCAGAGCUGUGCAGCCAUCACAAAAAGUGACUCGGGGCCAACAGUUCCCUCACAAAAUGAGUAACUAAACACAGUCCCAUCAAAGGUCCUUCUGGUUUUACUCUUUUCUCCAGGACCUUUCCGAAACUGAUAGGUAGAUAGUAGGAGUAGGUAACUGGGCCACUCCAGUGUGGGGUUUUUUUCCUUCUAUGUUUUGGCUACUUUCUUCAUCCUUGUGAGUCCCCCUAAGUAAAUAAAGUGUUAGUGUUUUUCCAAAAGGAAUGUAAGAUUGUAUCCAUCAGAAUGUAGCAAAUAUGAAUUUUAUUUUACUCUAUUUCUUCCUUUUUUUUAUUUUUUUUUAAAUUUUAUUUAAGUCCAAGUUAGUUAACA